AUGGCAAGGGUAAUCCCGGAGAUAAAUGAGCAGUGGGAGGUGGCCGCUGUCUCAGCUAGGCAUCUUGACGAGAUUAUGCACCGGCAGGCACGUGCCAUAACGCUAAAUCGCGGGGAUACGUGGUGCAUUGACGAUCCUAGUGUGGCGGUGAUCGUAAUCGACUACGCGUCGGGUAACCCCCAGCUUAUGUGGGCGCUUCAGAUGGUCUUGGCAGCGCCGUAUCCGCUCGUCGAGGUCGAUGAGUUAUUUGUGGUGACCGGGCCAGAGGGGGCGGAGACAUGUAGACUGGCUGCGAUGCGCCGUAACGAAUGCUGUGUCACUAUGGAGAACAAGAGGCGUAAGUUCUUGCUGGUAACCGGGUCGGGGGAGGAAACGAUCCAGAUCGCGGGGGUUGAGGUACGGGUGGCAGGGCUAGACAGGAACAGGGAGCCGGAGGGUGUGCAGCCCCAGCCGGUGGGAGAGAUGCUCACUGCCUGUCUUGACAGGAUUUUACGCUCACCUACGCCACUGAAGGUAACAAUGGAACAGUGGUUGGCUACGAGGAUGACCGCGCCCAACGUAGAUUGGGCAUUAAUAGAUGAGCUGGUUGCCUGGUUGACGAUGAGAUUCAUCCCACAACCCGAAAUUUAUCAUGACGAGGCGGGCGGUUCUGAAACCCACUGGCUGCCCAGGGCCUAG